AUGAAGCCUUUAAUCGGUAUCUUAGCCGUCGCUGCUUUGGUGUACCGCGCCUGGGCUCGCAAGUCGCUCACCCCUCUCGGUCUGGUCGUCGCUGGCGUGUCAGCAACUGCUCACGCGCUACACCCGUGGUCGACACCUUUCUGGUUGCUCGCGGUCAAACACGACAUCAAGGCACGCCUGACCCUGUCCGCGACCGGUGCAGAAGGGGGAGAGGGCCCACGUACCCAUGUCCAGGUCCUGGCGAACUCGGUAGUUGCAACUGUUCUCAGUAUCGCACACACUAUUGUGCUAGCGAGGAGCCCCGUUGAAUCGUGUUUCUCUCUCGGUCACAGCGCGGCGGAUAUCUUGAUGGUCGGAAUCGUUGCAAACUAUGCAGCAGUUGCCGCUGAUACCUUCUCUUCCGAGCUGGGCAUUCUUUCCAAGUCCAAACCACGUCUCAUCACUUCACUUACACUUCGCCAAGUGCCUCCUGGUACCAAUGGGGGCGUAACUGCCACUGGGCUUGGGGCCGGACUACUUGGUUCAUUCACGAUCGCCCUGACAUCUGCCAUCUUGUUGCCAUUCUGCUCAGAGUUUGGAAUACGAGAUCGGGCGGUGUGGACGGUAGCUCUGAGCUUCUGGGGUUUGCUAGGAAGUGUGUUGGACAGCUUACUGGGAGGUCUAUUGCAAGCCAGUGUGGUCGACAAGCGAAGUGGCAAGGUCGUAGAAGGCAGUGGUGGGCGCAAGGUCCUGAUUCACCCGGGAUCCACCAAACCUGCCGGUGCUGUUCUUAGUCCAUCAGGGGAAUCAACUAGCAGUACCCACCUGGGCACGACCGAGUUAGUGGCUAACGCGGCAACGCUUCGGGGAAGCCGAGUAACGGGCACCUCCGUGGGAAGCAGUCAGACCGACCGGGCGCAUCAGGAAGGUCAUGAGAGCCGCCGGAUCGAAAGCGGGCACGACUGGUUGGACAACAACGGGGUGAAUGUGCUCAUGGCCGUGUUGAUGAGUGUGGGGGCGAUGGGCAUUGCCCAGUGGGUUUGGGGGGUCGAGCUGCAGGAGUUGUGGUAA